GCCACCCGGAAAAAAAAAGGAGGAGAUAUAGGCGUAUCGUACACGCUAGCUGAAAUAGGCGCCCAAGACUCGAUGUUCCCGAGUGCGACUGAAGCUGCUGCAUUGAAACAUUUAAGUAACAUUCCCUCAAGCAUCGAUGGCCAGCAUCUCAGUUGCUGCGAGCAGCGGUUCCGCUCCAGGCGUCGAUGUGAAAUGUAAGGAGAAGACCACAGAGGGAGAGACGGUAGAGUUCCAGUCGCACUCUAUGCGCAUCACGUCCGGCGGGUCUAUACAUUCUUAUGUCCGGUUCGCAUUGAAACACCUCAAGGAUAAUCCGGCGAUACCACUCGUCUUACAUACUCUCCCUUCGAAUCUCCCUUCCUCCCCGUCCUCGACGUCGACCAAAAAAUCAAGGACGAAAGCCCGUACAGAGUCUUCGGUUCAGGCUGCUGGUCCUGACCAACAAGCGCAAGCACAAGCACCUGUGACUGGGGAUGCGGACGUCAAUGUAGGAUCUGUCUCAUCGAAAAUGUCUCCAUCCCGCGCCACUUCCUCUCUCCAUCCGUGUACGCUCACAGUGCCCCGAUUGAUAUCAGUCGUCGAACUCAUCAAGCGACAAUACCUGCUGGAGCUAGAUAAAUCAGGCAAGGGUAAAGGUAAACAUCGAGCGACGGGAUUAUGGCAGUAUACACAAAGUGGGCUCUUAUCUGAUUCUGCCGACCGCGACCAGGCUGGAGGACCGAACCGUUUAAAAUCCGAUGCGUUCAAGGAUCCUGAGGCGUUGAAGAGGGUUUUGGAAGGUUCCACAAGACCUAAAAUGAGACAUCGGCCAUAUCUCAAAAUCACACUGUCCACUCGACCGCUAGACCUUGAGAAGCAGAAAAAUACCACUUGUCAAUAUGUCCUCGUGGGACGAUCAAGAGGAAAGACAAAGGGGAGAAGCACGGAAAACGGCGAGGCUACGAUGGCUGAGGAAGCAGCAGACAAGCCGCCAGAGUCCGAUGCCCCGACGUCCGGGCGUAUGGUGGACGGGGGCGGGACAAUGACUCAGCAUAGGAAGGACUCAAAUCUCAAGGGACAGAGUACCGGGAAGAAGCGCAAGGCUGGAGAACCCAGUAGUCAGGACGUGUCACGGACCAAAAAGCAGCAAAAGCAGCGGUAGACCCGU